UCCGAAGGUGACAGAUACUCUACUUCGCCUGCAACUCUUUAUACACCGCUUGAACAAGGCAGUCAUGUUGCGGACGAGGAACCUGAACAGGAACUGACGUCAGAGGGAGCCCACACAACCCCGGAUAUGGAGGACUCGACUCUUGAACCAGAACUUUCUCCUGAAGAGGAGAAUCGGUGAGAGCUAGAGAGAAGGAUGAGACAAGUACAAGAAGAGAUUUCAUCUUUGGAGAUGGCUCUGGGCAGGAAGCAAAGGGAGCUGGCAGCUAUUAAAAAGGAUUUAGGAAUUACACCUUUGACGCAGCUGAAGGAGGAUGUCAAAAUGGGCUAUGAGGAACUUAAACAAUCAAAAGCAGUGCAGUCAACUAAAGAGUUUUUCAAGAAUUUGGGAGAAAAGAUUUCAAGCUCAGACUUCUACAAAAGUGCACAAUCUGCUGCCACUACUGUUGGAGAAAAAGGUGGGGACGCUCUCAGAGCAGCAGGGAGUAAAACAUCUGAAGCAUUUGGGAAAGCAAAAAUGUCUAUGAAAGAGAAUCAAACACUGCAAAAUAUUGGAGGCAAAAUUCGUUCAACAUCAAUGUCUAUCAAGGAAAAGUGAGCAGUUCAAGGUUUGACGCCAGUGCUACUGCAGUGUCAAAGAGCACUGCAGAUGCUGAAGCAAAGUACGACUCAGAGGCAGCUCUUGAGCAGGGAGAGUAACAUACACAACUGCAAGGCAAAUUGUAGUUGUUUCUGCUGGUGGACUUGUAGUGCAUGAUUUGGAUGUCUUGCUGUAUAUGGAAGCAAUUGCUUUUUGUAUGGAUUAAUGGCACAUAAUGUGUGAUGUCACUGUAGUAGCGUAAUUGGACAGAAAGCCAUAUAUGGCCUAAGCAAAGUCUUGACAACUGCUAUAUGAUGCUUCUGUUGAUUUUUCUAAUUUUGUGUAUUGCAUUUUUCUGGAAAGUGACAAAAUGAUACUCUUCA